AUGAUGAGUGUCAUGCAAAUUCGUAAUGUGGUCGGCAUUAUCGGGAAUGUGAUAUCUUUUGGUUUGUUCCUCUCACCAGUGCCUACCUUUUGGAGAAUCAUCAAAAACAAGUCAGUGGAGGAGUUCAAACCAGACCCAUAUUUAGCAUGUUUCAUAAAUUGUAUGCUAUGGGUUUUCUAUGGCUUACCAUUCAAUCAUCCAAACAGCCUUCUUGUCAUUACUAUUAAUGCCAUUGGUUUAGCUAUAGAGAUCAUCUAUCUCAUUAUCUUUUGGACACACGGCAAUAGCACACAUAAGAAGAAGAUCUGUCUUUGGAUACUUGCCGAGUUUAUCUUCGUUGGAGGAUUAGCAGCUAUCGACUUGGCUGUUUUCCACACCCAUGAAUCUCGAUCCAUGUUUGUGGGGAUUUGUUGUGUGAUAUUUGGUAUUGUCAUGUACGGUGCUCCUCUAACCAUCAUGCUUCAAGUGGUGAAAACAAAGAGUGUUGAAUUCAUGCCAUUUACGCUUUCUCUGGCGAGUUUCUUGAAUGGUGUCUGCUGGACAACUUACGCUCUUCUCAAAUUGGAUUUGUACAUCCUGGUUGCAAAUGGUGCUGGGGCAAUUCUUGGACUUAUGCAGCUCAUCUUAUAUGCAUGUUACUUCAAAACAACUCCAUAA